AUGGAUACAAUUUCUUCGAGACCGCAGACUGCUAGUACAACUGCCACCAAAACUCCUGUUGGUAAAUCCCCAGCAAAGGUAACAGCCAAGGCACCAAAAGGGAAGAAAACCAAAGGUGGAGUUAGAAAGAGAGAGGUGCACAAGGAGGCCUUCUCGAGUCAUCUAUAUAAAAUACUAAAAGAUGUUCAUCCUAACACAGAUAUUUCGAUUAGGACCAUGUCUAUACUCAAUUCGUUUAUCAAUGACAUCUUUGUCUAUAUCGCCAGCGAAACUUUUAAGCUUGCAGCGUAUAAGGAGGAUUCGACCAUUACUUCAAGAGAAGUUCAAACGGCCAUCCGCCUGUUAUUGCCAGAGAAAUUAGCAAAGCAUGCCAUUUCGGAGGGAGCAAAGGCUGUCACAAAAUACGCGAUCCCGGUUUUUGCAGGUGUUCUUUAUACUGAAAAGAUCACAAAUUGUAUUAAUGAAGUUCACUACAUAUCAGGAAUAGUGCAUCGACAUUUGCAAUUUGUCAGUCCUAUAAUUGAGACUCGAACCACUGCAAAGUUUGCCGCAAGAUCCAACGCAUUUCAAGGUUUCUUUGCACGUGGUUUAACCACUGCCGAGAAAGCUAGCAAUACCACCAAAGGUGCUUUCAGCAAAUUUGCCGAGCUUCGAAAACCAAUUGUUUACAACGCCAAGGUUCUAAAGGAGUUAGCAAAGGAAGUUUACAUCAAGGAGAAUCUUCGUCCUCCCAACCAAUCUCAAAUCUCGGAGGCCUGGGAAGCACUCAAAUCCCUUAAAUGGAGUUACAUUAAAAACGCUAGCGUUAAGGACAUUAAAAUAUUCGGAGUACGGUCCUUGGAAUGUUUGGGAUUUUUCGCUAUCGGAGAAGUGAUCGGAAGAAGAAGUUUAAUUGGUUAUAAUUAA